AUGCACGACGAACACCCACAUCCGCUACUGGCGCAGGUGCCUCUGACUGUCUCGCCCUUCCUCUCGCUCCCGCACAGCGUACCACUGCCAUACUCCUACGUUACCCUCCCGUCGACCCUCCCGCCCUCGAUCCUGCAAGCCAACCAGUCCAACCCCUCCGAACCGCCGCAGUACAUCCAAUCCGCAAGCGGGCAAACAGCACACCCAGACCAGAUCCUGCGCAGCUGUACGGCGCUGCAAGAGCACCUUGCCAAACUCGAGGCCGACGCGAGGAAGACGCUCGACGAGUACAAGAAGCGCAGAGACGCUGAGGAUCUUGCGGAGAAACGGAGGGUUGCGCCGGGAUGGCUGGAUAGCGGGGUGCAUAUCUUGAAGCCGGAAAACGUGGAUGAGGGGUUGAAGGCGCAGGAGCAGGGGCUUAUGGAUGGGGAUGGGCAGGCUCAGGGCCGAGGGCAAGGUGGAGGGGCUGCACAGUCAAGAGAGGCGGAGGAGCUGGAUAGGGUUUUUGGCGGGAUGAGCAUGAACAAAUGA